CUCGUCGUCGUUGUCUCGUUUGGUGAAAAUGAAGCAGUGAUUUUAAGAAAAAGUAAAGAAAAUGAUAAUAUAUACAAAUUUGUAAUAUUGUUUAAAAUUCGUAUUGUACAUAUUAUUUGUUUUAUUUAAUGUUGCUUUAGUAUUUAAAAUAAGUACAAUCGAACGUGAGUAAAUCGUGAAAUUCGUCGCCAAAGUAGGCCAAACAACAAGACAAGCAGAUUCUUUAAGGAAUAUUAUGGAUCCAAAUAGACAUCACGAAGUCAUUGGUGGCGAUGACGAAGGGCAAAGUGCAAUGUAUUUUACUAGAGGAAUCAAUGAUGGUCGAACGAAUACUCAAUAUUAUUCGCAUGAGAGAGUUAUCGUUAAUAAUAAAUCUUGUGUGUGCCCAAACAUGUCAAAUAAUAUUACGUGCAAUGCAUGUUCAUCGACAGCAGAUGGAACCUGGAAUUCAGAACACUCUUUAAGAGUAGAUUUUCAAAAAUCAGGUUCAUCGCGAGAUAAAAUCAAUCAAAAUUCAAUAUAUCCACACGAUAGCAGGCAAUUUUUCCAUUCAAAUAGCAACGUAACUUACGGAACAGAAGUAAUGCCUACCAACAGAAUUAUUGUAGGAUUACAACAAGAAAGAAAUUCAGUGUCUAAUAAAAGCUGUGCCUUGGAGUCGAAUUGUAAUUUCAAGCAACAACUUCAGCAUCAACAAUCUCACCACCAAUCGCAGCCGCCAAACCUUAUACAAAUGCCAACACAUUCGAAUACAGCCAAUGCAACAAAUUUACCACCUCAACAACUGCAACAAAACCAUCAUCAACAUCUAAGUGCAAUAAGUAAUUAUCCUAAAGGCAGUAUAUAUGACGAUAUAGUGAGUUACCAUGCAUCGGUUCCUGAUCACGGGUCGACAAAAGCAACAAUAUACAGUGAGGUUAUACAGAGUCAAAAGACAGUUGCAACAACAAUGGACUUAAUACAUAACAGCAAAAGGGAUGCUAAUACCAUUAUAAAUCCAAGUAACUCAUUAGCUUUGAAGGAACAGCAAGGAAGCCCAAACUAUGCCCGAAAAUGUCCGCAAAUCUUUGCACACAGCGAUCAUAGCAACACGCACACAAGACAUCAGAGCUUAUAUAUGUCGACACCACAAUUUAGUUCUGAUAAGUUCGGUAAUAUUCAUGCGCAAAGGAAAAUUGUACAUGACUCAGAACUUAUGGUCCGUGGCUAUGGUUCUGAGGUGAAGCAGAACGAAUUGCAAAUGUCUUCUAUUAAUAACUAUUCGCAGCAUGGUAGUGGUAACAGCUAUCAUCAUAAUGCUCACGAGAGUUCAUUGCAACAGUCGCAGUUAAAUAUUCAGCACCAAGAAACAUUAUUAAACAAUGCCAGACCACAUUUGUCUCGAAGUCAAAAUUAUUAUAUGCAAGGUGCCGAAAUACCUACCAUCUCAGAAAAGCCACCGAUUACAACAAAACAGACGCAAAUUAUAAGUCAGUAUUCAAAAAGCCAGAAAGCCUUACCAUCUCCCUCCCAAGUGCACUCAUUAUCACUUCCUCGCCACCCUACGAAGACGACUACUCAUGAUUUGGUGUUUAAAAAUAAAGAAGAAAUAUAUAGCGACACAAUGCAUCAUCAAAAUAAUGGCUUAUAUGCUAAUCCAUACAAAACGUCCUCGCCUUUGGAUACCUGCUGUAAGGACGUAACUUCCCCUUAUAACAGUAUAACUAAUAGCUUUAGUGAAAGUAAUGUACAGCAUGGUUAUUUCAAAAUCAGUAAAAUAGCGAAAGAGACAGUCACUAAAAACAGUUUUUGUACGGAAAAUCAAAAUACCCCUCCUUCUACUCCUGUUCACCGUUCGUCUGGAUACAAAGCUCAACCAUAUUUUUAUGAAGCACAGCAUAUAAAGUAUGAUAACAAUACGCAUAGUACAAAUUAUAUGUCGCCAUCUACUGCUGUGGCAGCUUCACCGUCACCUUCGCACACAACGCCGCCAUCUCACAUACAAAUGCAUCACACAAGCCUAACCCCACAGAGCCAAUCACAAUCACCGUCGAAUUAUACACAAUUAAUUCGUCAACAACAUCACAAUCAAAUUGAAAGUCAUCGGUCAUCCGCGCGUACACAUCAGGAAAGCGCCGCAGUUCAUCAAAAUCCGAAUUAUUGUGGUUUUGAACGACAUCCCCAGAGUUCCAAGACACUGCCCUCUCAUUCGCUGACUAUCCAAACUUUAUCGCAGUCGCAAUCGAUAGAUCCACAGAUGCAAUCUAAACAAAUUUCAAACCUCUCUAACCAAGGACCAAAGCAAAAUGCUAUAAAGAAAACCCAAGUCCAAAAAACCAAUUACAGGGAACUUAUUAACCAGGUAGUCGCAAUGAGAAGUGCUACAUCGGAAAAGGAAUUGGAUUUACAGAUAAUCAAGAAAGCCUUAAACUCAGCGUCAGGUCAGACAGGAGUUUCACCUGUGGACAAAUUAUCUCAAAGCGAAGCUCCUCUAAACAACGGUUGUUUAUCAUUGCCCAUUAAUGCCUCAAUAUCUAAAGACUAUGGGGCUGGGUCAAUAGAAAAUGGGUAUUUAGUGGAAAAUCCAUCCAUGUCUACACGCAAUAUAGCCAAAGUUUGUAACGAUGCAAACUUACCUGAAAUGCAUCAGAGGAUCAAGAUAGAGGAGCCAUUAACUCCAUCGCCUCUAGAUUUAUCGAUGCGUACAGUUAAAACGAAGGCUGAUUCUACUGAGUAUCGAUAUAAUCAAGCAAUUUUAAAAAAUUCCCAAACUGAUUUUAGGCACAGCCUGCCGAGAGUAGAUUUCACCCCAAAUUUUGCGUUGCACUCGGAUGAGAGAUUAGAGGGCUCUAAAAUAAUAGUAAGCCAACAAAAUGAACAAUUCUACAGUUCAUCGGAGGUUACAAGGCCAGUAAUAAUGCCUGCUGAUUGCAAGUUAAUUGCAGCACAACCAGAACUAAAACGGAAUUUGCAGCAAUUUUCCGCUGAAAUUUCAUCUAAAGUUUGCACUAUCUCACCCCGGAUCGGCCCAACUCCAAUCAGUAACCUGAAGACAAAUUCUGUGGCAUUUAAAACUUCUGAAAAAAGCUUACAAAUAUGUCAGAUGCGUCCAAGUGUUGUAGAAACAAAUCCUUUUGCGACAGUAAAAACAAUAAAAUCUGAACCACUUUUAGUGAUUGGUAGUAAUGUACCUGCAACAGCCGAACAAUUUAAACCAUCUACUAAUAUGGGGACAAUAUCGAAAACUAGCUCUGAACUUACUAUUUCGCCAGCUUAUUCUGGUGGAGUUAUAAAAACUGCUGAUCCCAUUUCUCUAGUAAAUACCAAUCCUUCAUCCAAUACAUUAGUUCGAGAACAGCGGAAUCCUAAUUAUCUUGGUCGUAAACGCCAUCUUCAAGAGUACUCAAAUUCUCAACGUAAUGAACCCGUCGUUAAGCAAAGAUAUCAGGAACAUAUCGUUCAACCAAACGCUAUAUUAACACCUAUAACUCCCACUUCAACGGCGGUUAUAACAGUAAAUGAUCGAGUAGUAAGUGAGGAAAAAGAACUAGAUGUGAAAAUAGUUGGAAAGUCAAUACAUGCCGAAAUUAUUCCAUGCUUACAAAGGGAAAACUCCAUAAUUGUUAACAACAAUGUACCUAUUUGUAAAAUAGAGCCACUGACGCCGACAAUGGAUACUCCACCGCCAACAAUUCCACAACCUGUUCCAAUUGCACCAAUAAAAACGGAGGCAAAUUUAAUAAUUGCAGCCCGCAUUAGAACUAAAGCGGAACUGAAAGGUUUUACUUUCAGUACACCAAUAAACGUACCCAGUACUUUUAAAGAGCCCAUUAAAAUAAAAGAAGAACCAAGUAUUUCUUCGACAUUUAACGCUGAGCUGCCGUCCAUUCCAGGUCUAGACGAAAAAUACGAUUCGAUUGAUAUUUUAGAUUGCAAUUGGAAUAAUAAAUGUACUGAUUUUAUGGAGCAGUUACUUACAAGUUCACGGAAAAGUAAUGCCAAAUGCCGAUUUGUAAGUGUGAACACGGAUUUAAGGGUAGAGAGUCAAAAAUCUUCAAAUGAUAUUAAAGACCCAGAAACAAGGGACAUAACAAUAGAAAAUAAUUCAUCAAACGUUAGUAUUGAAUCGACAGAAAGCAGUAAGUCUUGUGAUAUAAUUGACGUAAGGGUUCAAAGUACCAUGACAGGAGAACGUCUUACAGGUAAAUCCCCAGAAGGUCAUUCUUCUCAGUCAAAUAAUGUCGUUAUUCAAAAAAAGAUAAGUAAAAAAGAUAGGGGGAAAAUGAGAUUACAGCAAGAAAAACGUAUUGCUGCUCGUUUGCAAGUGGAGAGCAGUUCGGAGAGUGACGAUGAAAUUAUUAAAAGAAAAUCGGAUCGUUCGAAGAAACCACUAAAGAAAAUUAAAGCUCGACAAAGCAAUCACACUGAUACAAAUCAGUUUUCUGAUUGCGGCUGCGAUUCUUCCGAGAGUAAUGAUAAUAAUAACGUUAAAAACAUUACUACAAAAACAUAUGUUCAAGGAAACGAUGACAAAGGCGUACAAGAAAAGUUAUCACCAAAACUGCAUAAUUUACAGGAUAUAACGACGUUAGCGGAUUUAAAUCAAAAUACUGCUAUUACAAAUAUCCACUCUGUAACCAAUGAAUCAAAAUCUCCCGAUAGUGCGCAAGAAUUAGACAGAAAGAGUAUUGGGGAAAAGGAGACAUAUAAUAAUAUGCACAUUGAAAAACAAACAGGAAAGGGUACGGCGAUAACGUCGAUGCAAAAUAAUUCUAAAUAUAAAGAAGUCAUUGAAGAAAAGAAAGGUGAAAAAAAAACAAAAGUGCAUUUAAUGGUAGGUUUAAACACAAUGACACGCUCCAAGCAGAAACGAGAAAUGGAACUGCAAUUGGCAAAUAGCAAAGUAUUGCGCAAUGAUAAAAUUAUUCGUAAUUCCACUACCAAAAUUAAGUCAAUCAAACGAAAGUAUGUGCGGAAAUUUGCCAACAAUCAGAGCUCUGCAUCGACAAUUUGCAAAGAGCUUUCAAACAAGCAUUGUGAUCGCGAACUUUCAAUGCGGUUGCGUUCUAGAAAUGAAAAGUCGGGGAAAGCUGGCAAAACUGAAAAGGUACCUGAUUCCAGUUGUAAGAAAUUGAAUAAGGCAACAUUGGCUAUCAACAAAAGUGAUAUUCAAAAUAGCAAGCCUAAAGAUAAAGAAAGUCAAUUGCUUUUAGAAGCUUACCGUUAUAAACGUUCGCUCAAAAUUCCUCCCAGCUUAAUUACUAUAGAUCAUCCACACAAUCUGAAAAUGGCCGCUUCUCUACCAGAUUUGGAGCGUGAACAAGAUCCUUUAUUAUCAAAUACUAAUCGAAACUCUAAAUUUGCAAAAUCUAUAGAGAGAUUGCUUCAAAAGUCAACACCAAAUAUCAGCAAAAAGUCCUUAUUAACUACUAGAACCCAACAAGAAGAGCAACUGUGUCAUGAAAGGCGGUCAAUAAUUGAUGUACUGCAUUCGCGUGUCAUAAAUACAAACGUUGCCUUCAGUACAAAGCCCAAAAAUAAAAGAAAUGUAAACCAUUAUGGUGUUUCGAGCCAAAUUCAUAGCGAUGUUUCCCACAGUGCAGAAUCGAGUUCAGUUACAGAACUAUUUUCUAUACCUGUGAAAAAAGAUUUUGACGAAGAAUCUAGUGAUGGAAAGAAACGGCAUUUUAGCAUUUUUGAAACAACUGUGUUAAAAACUAAAACACGAACAGAGUCUAAAAUGCAACAACGAAAAGAGAUUAUUCGAGAGAUUUUCGUAGGCGAUGAUCGGCCAGCAUCUGCUCCACCUGAAAUAAUAUCCCAGAUGUCAGAUGGAAAUGACAAAAUGACAUUCGAACAGAAAUACGAACAAUUCUUACAACAAUUAAACAUUGUCAUAAACGAUUCUGUUCCGGGCUUAGUUUCUGCAUCAACUUCGACAGCGAACCAACAUAUUAAAGAUGAGGAAGACACCUUGGCAAGUAUUGGUGUACCUGAAACCGACGAUAAUACAUCACUAAACUUAAAAGUUGCUAACCGAACCACGCCUGAAAUAGAUAAUACAGCAUCUGGUUUUAGAAGAAGACGGCCGGGAAAGUAUCUGCGGCGUAAAGGAAGUUCCGGUUUUGAUUACAUACGUAAAAAAAAGAAACCUAAUUCAACUCUAUCCGGGAACCAGAGUUCCGCUCAAAAUUUGCAAAUGUUAGCCAAACUAGAUAGGAAAACGGAGGAAGAAAAGUAUGAAAAGAAAGUGAAGACCGAGAGUGAUGUGUGUCGUGAAAUAAAUAAAUGGGUGCUAAACAAAAGCGUUGGCCAAAGUGCAAUGCAUAAAGCAGCACGUCUAGGUUACAUAGAUGUUGUUGUUUACUGUUUGGACCGUAUGGGUAUGAAUCCAGAUCAGAAAGAUAAUGCUGGUUAUACCCCGCUACAUGAAGCUUGUACAAAAGGUUGGCUUGAGAUUGCUAGAACACUCUUGCAGUACGGUGCGAAUCAUUCAGAAGCGGCUCAUUCAGGCAUACGACCGUUGCACGAGGCAAGUGAAAAUGAUCACGAAGAAAUUGUAAGGUUACUGCUAUCUUAUGGUGCCGAUCCUUUACUCGCUACGUAUUCAGGUCAAACGCCUUUAAUGCUUGCUUCAAGUACUGCUAUGAGGGAUCUUCUAAAUAAUCACUUGAGUGAUGUCCAAAACGUUGAGUCAGAUAAAAAACCUUGGCAUUUUAGGGGACCAUGGGAGAUUUUAGAUUCGUCAAUAUAUGGUUAUGAUAUAUUCGGAGGAGCGCCGAAUUUUACAUGUGAUAUGAGCAGAGCUCUUAGAAAAAGUUCAGUAUCUAAUUCGAUAACGAACAAAAAACAAUUAAAUUCAUUUGUAGAGGUGGGCAAUAAUUGUAAGACUAAAAUGGAAAGUUGUGCAGUCGUGCUUGACAAUAUUGAUCGAUUCAACUCCGUUCGAUUGUACAAUGACAACAAACCGGAAUUUUUAGUAGAGAACUCAGACAGUGAGGGUGAAAUGUUUGAAUUUGAAGAAGCUGAUAUUUUACUACCACCCUUAUAUUUACUAAAAGAUGAAGGAACUGACAAAUGGGUUUUAUUGAGUGAUUUGUGCAAUUUACUAAAAGUCAAAUCUAAAGAUACACUUUUGAACAAGAUAUAUCCAUCUUCUUCACCAGCAUCUUCCGCACACAAAAGUCUGAUGAGGGAACUUAAGAUGUCAGAUUUCUUGGAAAAAGCAACGUGUUUGCAACUUUUGUGCGCUGGGGAAAAAAUAAACAUUUGCGCUUCAAAAGUUGUUUUAAUUAAAUACAACGACAGCGUUCGAAAUUUAUUAGGUGUUAAAACAAUAUUGAUGAAGUUUUAAGAAAGAAUAAAAUAAAUUAUGUAUAAAGAACGUGAUACCAAGGUGCUAUACGGAAAAGUUAUUGAAAGAAGUGUAGAUAACCUGCAUAUUUAUAUAAAUGUGUUUUAAUAUAAAAAAGGAGAUAAUCAAUGAUUAUGAAUAUUAUAAAGAUUGUGACGAAAGCAAAAAAAGCAUAUUAUUGUAAAUGUAUUUGUAAGAAAUAGGCUAUAAAAAUGAUGUUUAUGACGCAACAUUUAGCUACAAAAGUGCAUAAUAUUUUCAUAAUACUAUAGAGAUGCAGUUUUAAUACAAUGUAUAUGCUAAUUUUUAUUAUAAAAAAUAACAGUUUAAUUAAAAAUACAAUGAUACCAAACCUA